AUGUCUCUCUUAAGGAAGAAUGUACUUCUCUCUUACCCUUACACUUCGCCUCCUCCUCCUCCUUCAAGUUCAUGCGAUGAACCUCCACCGCCACCACCACCAGUGUCAACAGCAUCACCGCCACCUCCACCACCACCGAUUGGGUGUGGGAUCGUAUAUCCUCCACCCCCACCUCCACCAAGCAAACCUCUAGUCGUGCCAUCACCUCCGCCACCACCACCAACAUACGAUCCUCCAUCUCCUAUAGAACCAAAAACUCCACCAACACCGAGUACUCCCAAAUCUCCCACAGAACCUAAAACUCCACCGCCUCCAACCGGACCACCACCUCAUCAUGACACGCCAAUAUUCCCACCAACAUGGCCGCCUCCGAACCCUACACCUAUUGCUCCCCUCCCACCAGUUCAACCACCGAGCUUUUCUCCAUUGAGUCCUAUCUCCUUUGCACCAUCACCAAUACAUAAUCCACACACCACAGGAGGUGGCCACCACACAUUAAUCAUCGCGGUUUGCGUAUCUCUUGGCGGGCUUUUCCUUUUGGCACUCCUCGCAGCCUGCCUUUGCUGCUUGGCCAAGAAAAAGAAGAAGCUCGUAUUGGUGCCGGUGGUUGUGCCACCUCCUUGUGAAGAAGAGUGCGAAACCCCACCACCGCCACCGCCACCACCAUCAUAUGUAAAUGAGACAUAUGCUUCGCCACAAGGAGAGAUUUAUGAGGCUGGCAGUGAAGGAGGAGGUUCAGCUCCUUAUGCUCCUGGAUAUCAGCGAAAUUGA